CUCUUUGCGAUCUUCAUUUACGUCGGCUCUCGAGUCACCUGCAAUUUGCGUCGAGUCGAAAGUCAGAUUUCAUUAGUAUUCUCGGCAAGCGCGAACGAAAGCUCCGCCAAGUGGUCCGGCGGGAGCAACGGUGGCUCGCCUGGCGGCUGAUUAGCGCGUCGCCGUUGUCGUCGCACCGAGGCACCGGGUGUACGCGCGAUCGGCCGCUUUCACGCCCGAAAAUUAGAGCCAAUUACGCGAUUGAGAAAGUGCGACGUCGUGGCGCGAGCCCAUAAUAUUUGCGCGCAUGUGCGUGUGUUCGCAGGCCGCGCUAGCGCUGCUACUGCAGGUAGCUCUGGUGGCGAGCAAGGCAUUGGACCAGAAGGAGCUGCUGCUACCGCCGCCGCCGCCGCCACCACCGCAAUCGGCCCGGCAGAUACCCUACGGCGCGCAACCGGCACAGAGACGCUUCGGAGGAGGAGGAGGAGGAGGAGGAGGAGGCGACGAUUUCGCGGGCUACGGUGGCGGCGCUGAUUCCCACGGCGCCGGUGGCGGCGACUUCCAAGGCUACGGGGGAGGCGGCGCAGUCCACGGUGCCGGGACCGGCGACUUUCAAGGCUACGGAGGAGGUGACGCAGCCCACGGCCCCGGCGGUGGCGACUUCCAAGGCUACUCGGCUGGCGGCGACCACGCGGCCAAUUUCGGUGAGGACUUCGGGGGCGGACACGCCGGUGGUGACCUCGGUGGCGGGGACUUUGGCGCUGAUCACGGGGGCGGCCACGCCGGCCCCGUCGGCGACUUUGCCGGCGGUCACGGGGGCGGUGACGUAGGCGCCGGCGAUAUCGCUGGCUUUGGCGACGCUGGCCACGACGACCAUCACGAGAAGGGCAUUUGGAAGAAGAAACUCAUUUGGAAACCUGGAUGGAAGAAGAUUUGGAAGCCCGCCAAGAAGCAAGUUUGGAAGCCCGCGUGGAAGAAGAUAUGGAAGCCCGAAUGGGUACCCACUAAGAAGGCCGUGUGGCGCGACAUACAAGUGCCAGCUUGGAAAAAAGUGUGGAAGCCCGUGUGGAAAGAAAUUCAGGUGCCCGCAUGGAAAGAAAUAAAGGUCCCGGCUUGGAAAAAGGUUUACAAGCCGAUUUGGGUACCGAUAAAGGUUCCAGCGUGGAAAGACAUUCAAGUACCUGAUUGGAAGAAGGUGUACAAACCAAUAUGGGUGCCAAUCAAAGUCUCCAAGUGGAUAGACAUCAAAGUGCCAGCGUGGAAGAAGAUUUGGGUGCCCGAGUGGAUCAAGGUCGGCAUUCCAGGCGAGAAAGAUCUCGGUACCGAUGCCCACGGAUGGCAGUACACGAGUCACGAUCUUUGGAAGAAGAAGCUCAUCUGGAAGCCUCUCUGGAAAAAGAUUUGGAAGCCGUCCAAGAAGCAAAUCUGGGUCGAGGACAAAAAAUUGGAAUGGAAGGAAGAGUGGAAGCAGAUUUGGAAACCGGCGAAGAAACAGAUAUGGGUAGAAGACAAAAAGUUGGCUUGGAAAGAAGAGUGGAAGCAGAUCUGGAAGCCAGGCAAGAAACAGAUUUGGGUGCCCGACAAGAAGCUGGAGUGGAAAGAAGACUGGAAGCAAAUUUGGAAGACCGAGCAGAAGCAAGAGUGGGUCGAAGACAAGAAGCUGGUGUGGAAGGAGGCUUGGAAGGAAAUCCAGGUCCCCGACUGGAAAGAGAUCUGGGUGCCGGCAUGGAAGAAAAUCUGGCGACCAGUCUGGAUCUCCGAGUGGUUCCCGGUGGACGACCAUCACGAGCAUCACGGCUGGAAAGACAGAAAGGACACGGUAGGCCAGCAGUCCCAAGUAGAGCCGAAGCGCGUGCAGUCUCCGCAGCAGCCUCCGCAGCAGCAGCAGCAGCAGCAGCAAAGCGUCGGGCCAGUGCGGUGGGACAGGUCGUUCCAGGCGAGCUCGCAGGUGUCGCCGGCGCAGCAGAAGCAGGACAUCACGCACGACCUCGUGCCGCCGCCGCUCGACCAAGGGGGCGCUCAGCAGCCGCGGUCUCUCAGCUUCCCCAGCCCCAGCAGCUAAUUCUCGCGUCGGCGGCUGAAGCUCUGCGCCGACAGUGGGCAGCCUGCAGGGAACUUGGACCAACUUCCAAAUAAUCUCGCUCUAUCUAUCUGUCGCUAUCACUAUCCUUUCAUAGCUUCUCAUUCGAGUCUGGCAUUGUCGUACCCUGUGUCGGACACGUAAGCCAAUUUUUGUACAUAUUACUGUUAAGCUGUCUAAGCUCCGAGGCAUCGCACGCCUCGACCAACUCGACUGAAGGGCCCUUCUAUUAUACGUCUCUUCUUCUUUGUACUUAGUUUCUUUCUCCUCGCGUUAUACUAUUUAGUUUCUCUUCUUCUUUCUCGUGUCUGCGAGCGUCCUCGAUCGCAAGCGUAUGUUUUUUUGUAUUACUGUAUCAUUAUACAUUUAUAUUUUUAUACUUGUGCGCACAAAAGAAGCGGUGUUACACGUUGACCAACUUAUUGUUAACUA